AUGUCCAUGUCCACACUGUCUCAGCACCGCCGACCGCGCCUACUCCCCCAGAAUCGCAAGCUUCGACAUUUAAAGGGUAUCUCGUUGCGGAACCUGUCUUUUGCCCCUGCGAAUCUGCAGACUGCCGACGAUGCCGCCAUAGUGCGAAGCCCCAACAAGCUGGGUAGCCUUCAUGGGGCAGGCCAGCUCCUGUCUUCAAGGUCGUCCGACACGUUGAGAACGGACGGCUUGCGUGCGGAGAAGAGGAGACCAAAGGCUCAACCUCGUAGAGUCAGCUUGAGCCUUGCCAAUUCGAACCCUUUUACGAGGCAAAAGACUCUGGAGUCUCUGGUGGAAAGCUCUGUGGGAGAUGUCUUUCUCUCGCUACAUGUUGCCCAGUGCCUCGAACCAGUCUAUAUUAGCGAGGUUCGACAUCGGUCGUCGAACUUUGACUUUCGAUUCUUUGACCUUUCGGCCGAAAGCGCCUCUGUUUCGAGAUCCUGUCUAUUGACAGUCCGCCUCUGGUCCAAACGGCCGCAGCAAAGCUCCUGGGUAUUCUUGUUGGAGGAGUUGAUCGACUUGAGGAAGCUCAAAUUCAUUGGAACGCUGAUCGACCGCCAGUUCCCACCCAACGCCUUGGUUUUUCACCUGGAAGACGGCUUGUACUCGCUCGACUUCCCCAGCAAGACGUCCGACCCGAAGCCUGCGCCUGUCGUUGCGACAUCUUCCUACAGCGAACUCAUGAAGCUCGCCAACCUGGAGGCUUCCAUACAAGACGCCAUCUACACACAACGUCGGAUCAUGGAGCAAAUCAACCAGAUCCUCGACGAGUCGCCGGCGGAUCCGACGCGGGCUGCUGCCGAGCAAGUCGGCCUGGCGGAGAAGUACGUUGGCUGGCAACGGCGUGCGAACCAGGCGGCUGAACGGCGUCGGGAUCAGUUGCGCGAGACUUUACGAGCCAGGGUGGACGCCAUCGCCAGAGGGAGGGAAGCGCAAGCCCUUGCAGAGGAGGACAUUGCGAACAACCGGGAAAAACUGGCCGCUUCGGUCAAGCUGGCGCAAAAGACGGAACAGCAAAUACAAGGCCAGAGACGGCGCAUCUGCUCCGAGCUAUGCGACGUGUUUCCCAUUUCGCCCAUCCCCAACGCGCCGCCGCUGUCGUUUCGAAUCUGCAACCUACCUCUUCCCAACUCCAGAUACGACGCGGCCACGGCCAAGGAGAUCAGCGAAGACGUGCUCUCCGCAGCCUUGGGGCUUGUCGCCAUGUUGACCAAAAAUUUGCAGUUCUACCUCUCCCACCCGCUGCCCUACCCUCUGUUCGCGCUCGGCUCGCGAUCCCACGCCCGCGACGACAUCUCCCACAUGCCGCAAAAGCAACCGCAACGGCGGGAUUUCCCGCUCUACCUACCGCGAGGAGGCUCAACUGUCGCCCAGUGGCGCUUCGAGUACGGCUGGUUCCUGCUCAACAAGGACAUUGAAGCGCUCUGCGCGUCCGAGGGCCUCAAAGUCGUCGAUAUCCGCCACACCCUUCCCAACCUCAAGUACCUGCUGUACGUGUGCAGCGCGGGAACCGAAGAGGUACCCGAGCGCAAGAAGGGCGGCGUCAGGGGUCUCUGGGCGGGAAGGUUGAAGGGCCGCAUGUCCGGUAUGCCAUUGCCUCAGGCUGAUGGGGAGAGCAGCAGCGGCAGCAGCAGCACUGCGGCCGAGAGCCGGCGCGGCAGUGCGGAGAGCGAGACGAUGAGCCAGCGCGGGGAUGAGUUGAGGCAUGGCGCGCGGAAGGGAAAUGGGGGUAGGGAGAGGGAGGAGCUCUGGGGGGCCGACAGUGGUAUUGGAUUGCCGUUUGGGGAUGACGCCAAGUUUACGCUGAGGACCAAGGGACUGCGGGAGAAUAUUGCGAGCUGA